AUGGUCCAACUCCCUCAGUCUCGAGUCACGCAAUCAAGGCCGUUUCUUCACUCUGGCGUUGACUACGCCGGUCCAUUCUCGAUUCGAGCCUCCCGCGGAAGAGGAGCGAAAUCAUGCAAGGGAUAUAUCGUUAUCUUCAUCCGCUUCACGACCUCGGCUGUGCAUCUCGAGCUAGUUCCGGACUACACGACGGAGGCAUUCAUCGCGGCGUACAAACGCUUCACAUCUCGACGAGGAAUUUGUGCCUCAACCGCAAGAGAUUGUGGAACGAAUCUCGUCGGAGCAGACUCAGAACUUCGCCGUCUUCUGGCUGCAUCGUCAAAGGAGUUCGCAGAAAUCGCAAACACCCUCGCAUCACACGGAACCCAGUGGCGGUUCAAUCCUCCCUCUGCGCCUCAUUUCGGUGGAAAAUGGGAAGCCGGAGUGAAAUCAGUCAAAUUUCACCUCAAACGAGUCAUCGGAGAAGCUACUCAAACGUUCGAGCAAUUCGCGACGUUCCUCACGCAAGUAGAAGCCACGGUUAAUUCUCGACCUCUUUGCGCUAUCUCGGACGAUCCACGGGAUCCAAGUGCCUUGACUCCAGGACACUUUCUCGUCGGCUGA